AUGACUCACAAUCUAGAUGGCCUCAAACGAACUAAGUCAUAUUCAACAAAAUUAGCUCCAUUUUACUGCUAUGUGGAAGAGUAUUAUCUUAAAGAAUGUGAGACUAAAAAGCUUUAGCCCUGUGAUGACAAAUUGAUUGAAAGGAAUGAGUGUCAUAAAAAAGUUGAAGGUCUUGAGGAGAAUAUUAGAUUCGCUUGCUGGACUGAACUAGCAGAUCAGUAUGAUUGCGUAAAGGUAUACCUUGAUUAAGAUGGCAAAGUAAAGCCAGAUCCAAAACAAAAUACAGAAUAAAAUUAGAGUAGAUGUUACACAGAGAAUGAGAAUGCUUUCAAAUGUAUAAAGAAAGUUGUAAAGCCAGAAAGUGAUAAUAAUAAAUGA